AUGUCAUGCUGGAUGGAUGGCUUCUAUACUAGUAUUGUGUUCUUGCAUUCCUGCACUUGCCAUAGCCGGAGGAUCCAUGUCAUUGCUUAUGGCGAAGAUGUGGAGUCGAUGACAAGUUGCUUGUACAGAUGCUGGAAAUUGGUUGAACAAAGAGUAGGAGCAAUCGGAACGGUUGCAUCCUACACCGGAGAGAAUAAAGCAACAGAAAAGUAUGAUAGGAAAUUGCAAAUAGCCUAUGCAUCCACUGUUCAGCAAGGGUUGGCCUCAGGCAUAGAACUUGGCACAGUUUUACUAAUUGUCUUUAGUACUUAUGGACUUGUCAUAUGGUACGGAUCAAAACUGAUCAUAGAAAAAAGAUACAGUGGUAGAGAGGUUAUCAAUAUCAUGAUGGCCAUAAUGACUGGUGGAAUAUCACUUGGACAGAUAUCUCCAUGUAUAAAUGCAUUUACAGCAGGUCAAGCUGCAGCAUACAAGAUCUUCGAGGCUAUUGAACGGAAACCGAAAAUUGAUGCAUAUGAUUAUAGAGGAAUUGUUUUGGAAAAUAUAAGAGGUAAAAUUGAACUUAAGGAUGUGUAUUUCACAUAUCCAGCAAGGCCAGAAGUGCAGAUAUUUUCAGGCUUUUCAUUACACAUUGUUAGUGGCCAAACUGCAGUUCUCAUUGGGCAAAGUGGAAGUGGGAAGUCCACAGUUAUCAGCUUGUUGGAGAGAUUUUAUGAUCCCGAUGCUGGAUAA